AUGAUAGUCAAAAUUGUUUCACUUCUCUUAUUCGUGCACAAUGUUUAUCUUAUGGCAAUUCCGACGCCACCAAAUCCGAAUCAAUUCACAAUAACAGCCGGAAAGCCCGAUGGUUCACCACAGAUCGAAGUAACCACGAAUUAUGUCGAUCGUUUAGCUCAACUUUUUCGUAUCGAUGUUACAAAUUAUGGUAUCAUCACUGAACAGGCAUUUUACUAUGGAGAAAAUCAAACGGGAUAUCUUCUUUACUAUGAUAAGCAACCAACUCGAUGUCAUAAAGUCAAAGAAAACUAUGCAGACAUGUUGGCUGAUUGGCAAAAAUUGCCGUAUGCCGGAAAAACAAGUGCCGUUAGUGAUCCGAAAAUUGAAUGUAAUAUGUGGAAUGAAACUGACCAAAGUUGGACAUGGAGUUAUCUUGCUUCAAUUAAAGAUAAUAGACCAAUUGAAAUUUUAGAUAAUAGUAUUCUGAUUUCAGUUUUUACGAAUUAUACAAUUGGACCUGCGGUUGUACCAAAAAAGAUUUUCCAUUUACCCGUUCCGGAAAGUCGAUGUGUACCAAAAGAUUAA